GAAAUGCAAGGAGGAAAUCUCACCAAUUGGGGCUUUUUUUUCCUGGAAGGCUUUUCUAGAUACCCCAAGUUAGAGAUUGCCCUCUUUGUUUUCAGCCUUGUCAUGUAUCUGACAACCCUCUUGGGCAACAGCACUCUUAUUUUAAUCACCAUCCUAGAUGCACGCCUUCGAACCCCCAUGUACUUGUUUCUCGGAAAUCUCUCUUUCAUGGAUAUUUGUUACACAUCUGCUUCUGUUCCCACUUUGCUGGUGAACUUGCUGUCAGCCCAGAAAACGAUCCUCUUCUCUGGGUGUGCCGUCCAGAUGUACCUGUCCCUUGCCAUGGGCUCCACGGAGUGUGUGCUCCUGGCUGUGAUGGCAUAUGACCGUUACGUGGCCAUCUGCAACCCGCUGAGAUACCCCGUCAUCAUGAACAGGCAGGUCUGCGUGCAGAUGGCCACGGCCUCCUGGGCGACGGGCUCUCUGACUGCCCUGCUGGAAACCAGCUUUGCCCUGCAGGUCCCGCUGUGUGGGAACCUCAUCGAUCACUUCACGUGUGAAAUUCUGGCCGUGCUGAAGCUGGCUUGCACGAGUUCACUGCUCAUGGACAUGAUCCUGCUGGUGGUCAGCGUGCUUCUCUUGCCCAUCCCAAUGCUCUUAAUUUGCAUCUCUUAUGUCUUCAUCCUUUCCACGAUUCUGAGAAUCAGCUCAGCAGAGGGAAGAAGCAAAGCCUUUUCUACCUGUGGUGCCCACUUGACCGUGGUGAUCUUGUAUUAUGGGGCUGCCCUGUCCAUGUACCUAAAGCCUUCUUCAUCAGGCUCACAAGAAAGAGAUAAAAUCAUCGCAUUUCUCUAUGGAAUGAUCACCCCUACGCUGAACCCCAUAAUUUACAGUUUAAGAAACAAGGAAGUCAAAGAUGCCGUGAAAAAAAUGCUGGGCAAAAUGUCCUCGCAUCACACACAGGAACAUCUCUGA